UCCACUCGGCGCACCCAAAAAAGAAGAUCGAAACUUCUCUCUUCCUUGCAAUCGGUCCACCGCUUCAGAUCCCCGCAGUAGAAGAGAAGACAUGGCCGAAGAAUGCGCCGAGAGCUCCGUCGCCAUCGCCGCCGCUGGGACCGUGCAGCCGGGCAGCUGGUGGCAAGAUCCCCAUGGAAGCUCUAUAUCUCCUCCUCCUCCUCCUGCAUGGAUUCAUGGUAGCAACCACAACCCAUGGGGCCACCACAACCAAAACCCUAGCUCCAACGACUCCCCCUGUGACGAAGCUGUUUCGAUCUCGUCCUCGGCCUAUACUAACACAUCGAUCCACUCGGGACUGACCGUCGAGUCCUCUGGCCGGUUUCUUGAGUCGACUUCCUCGCCAAACGAGUUGAUUGGGGAGCAUCUUUCUGACCAUCAUCUCUGGAACCAUGUGUUACUAAGUGUCGGAAGCGGCGGAGAUUUACACAGCCACCAGCACGAGGUGCCCGAGAACCUUCUCGAUUCCCUCUCCUCCAAGACCAUGUCAAACCUGAAUAGCUUCGAACCACCAAGUGCAACCUCCUCGUGCAGCAAUUACUUGAAGAAAUCAGGCAACACUUACAACAUUUGGGACUUCCCAAACACCAGCCUCAACGGGUCGACCUUCAUGCAAGGCCAGAGGUUUAGCUCGAAUCAUAAGCUGUCCACAUCCGUCGGCGACUGGUCAAUAGCACCUCCCGACCCGGAAGUCAACCUCCCCUUCGGCUCGAGCCCAAUGUCAUUGAGCUCCUCCUCCACGUGUCACGGUCUGUGCGGGUCGACAAUCUUACGCCCUCAAUAUAGUGGCGAGCUCGAAGCAUCAGUUGGAACAGCACUGUUCAGGAGAUCGCCGAGCGUUUACAGUAGUAACAAUGUUCUUGGAGACGGGUUUGGGCCUACGAACGCGUCGAUCACGGCAGAUAAUGGUAGAUACUACGGCGGAGCAGCUGGUUCCUCGUCCAGAGGCUUCGACGACGACGAUACGUCAUCCUCUUUCAGCAGCAGAAUAGGGAGGCGCUUCAAGACGUUGAAUUUAUCCGACUGUAAGAUCAAGCCUGUGUCGUCUCCCCCGGUAAGGGCCAACAUGAGAGGACAAGGAAAUACAAGUGAGGGCAAAAAGAAAAGAUCAGAAGACGGUUCGGAGACGGUCGCCAAGAAACCAAAGCACGAGAGCGCCGCAGUUUCAUCUUCCAAGAUGCAGGUAACGAAAGUCAAGCUUGGGGACAGGAUUACAGCCCUUCAGCAAAUUGUGUCGCCAUUCGGAAAGACCGACACUGCAUCGGUUCUAAUGGAAGCGAUCGGGUACAUAAAGUUUCUCCAAGAGCAAGUGCGGCUGCUAGUGAGCAACCCCUAUUUGAAGACGAAUCCCCACAAGGAUCCAUGGGGAGCGUUGGAUAGGAUAGAGAAGGGAGAUUUUAGGGUUGAUCUCAAAACCAGAGGACUUUGCUUAGUCCCGGUCUCGUGCACACCUCAAGUCUACCGCGACAACACGGGGUCGGACUACUGGACGCCGCCAUAUCGAGGGGUUCUAUAUAGGUGAAAGAGUCUCGUGCGCAUAUAGGAUAACAGCUUUGAUUAGUCCAUUCCUUAUAGGAUGUAUGCAAUCAAUAAGCUCACUGUGUACUUUGUUAUAAAAUUGGACACCAAAGUGAUGGAAACUUUGAAACUCAAGCUUUGAGUAGUUAAUUGUGGCGCGGUUGUAGCA